AUGUGUGUUUGGGGGGACUGAGGGGCUCUCGGGGGGCGAAACCGGAGCGACCAUGGCAGCGGCGGAGGAGGAGGACGGAGGCCCCGAAGGGCUAAAUCGCGAGCGGGGCGGGGCGGGCGCGACCUUCGAAUGUAAUAUAUGUCUGGAGACCGCUCGGGAAGCGGUGGUCAGUGUGUGUGGCCACCUGUACUGGUGCGUAGUCAGAGGACGUGAAGAGGGAAAUGGGGGGUCUGAGGAGCUGGAAGAACCCGCUGUAUACUGGAAACCACUUCGUUUUUCCCUCCAGUGGUUGGAGACCCGGCCCGACAGGCAAGAGUGCCCAGUGUGUAAAGCUGGGAUCAGCAGAGAAAAGGUCAUCCCCCUGUACGGGCGUGGGAGUCAGAAGCCCCGGGAUCCCAGAUUGAAAACUCCACCCCGCCCCCAGGGCCAGCGCCCAGCUCCGGAGAGCAGAGGGGGAUUCCAGCCUUUUGGUGAUACCGGCGGCUUCCACUUCUCGUUUGGUGUUGGUGCUUUUCCCUUUGGUUUUUUCACCACUGUCUUCAACACCCAUGAGCCAUUCCGUCGGGGUACAGGUGUGGAUCUGGGACAGGGUCACCCGGCCUCCAGCUGGCAGGACUCCCUCUUCCUGUUCCUCGCAAUCUUCUUCUUUUUCUGGCUGCUCAGUAUUUGAGCCGUGUCUGCUUUCUACCCACCUCCAGCCAGAGGAAAAUCAGUAUUGGGGGUCCUUGCUGACCCACCCUUCCCCCUGGACCCUCCCUCCUGCUCCUCCAGUCCUGUUGGCUGAGGCCACUCUCCAGGAAGGUGUGGAGAGGAGUCACAGCUGAACCUUGGAUGGGAGGCCCUUCUGCUCGGAACUGCUUACUCAGUAGCAGCACCUUCGCCGCUGUGGGAGAGGACAGGCCAGAACGGCCGCAUCUCCCCCUUCCGGAUCCCUUGCCUCCCCCCACAUUUCUUCAGCUGAUGUUGAAAGGUGGGCAAGGCUCCCUUACUCUCCCCCACUUUCCCCUUUGUUGAUUUAAUUUAAUUUUCCUCUCCCCAGUGUCUAUUAUGGGUUUCGACUCUUACGUGCUUCCUUCCCUAACUACCUCCUUGAUUACAUGUUCAAUAAACAAGGUGAGCCGUAUUGAUGGGCACCCUCGCCCCUU